GUCUAGAGGAGAGGACACGAGAACGCGACUGCCUGGAUCGAUCGGAUUAAACUCGAAUUGUGUGAAAUUAACACAAAGGAGAGAGGCAGUGUUGGUGAGGACGGGACGCUGAGACGCCGACUUUAGCAACAGAAUCUGAAUCACGACAGUUAUUCAAACAUUUUAAGGGAUUUUAGGGAUAUACGAACAGGAGUUAAUUGGUGAAAACCCUAAACUGACCCGCGUUGAGUAGGGUGCUGUAACCUGACUUUGCCUGACGCUGCGUUCUCUCAGAGAAUUAAGGAAAUAUGGAGUGACAUGCUGCAGAUUAGUUAGCCGAUAAGCAGCUUUGAGGACAUCCACCUCUGUGUGAGCACACAUUCCCUGUCCUGCUUCUGAAGCUUGGCUGCAGAGCAGGAGCACUGUGGCCAUGGCUGACCCAGGCAUGAUGAGCCUCUUUGGUGACGAUGGGAAUCUGUUCUCUGAUGAGCUUGAGGGUCUGGGGGACUGUGGCUACCCCCAAGGACCGGCAAAUCCUAUGAGUCAACAGAUGCCCCAUGAGAACCAAGGCUAUGGGCAGCUCUCCUCUUCUCUUCACCUCUCCUCGCCUGCUGUCCCUGGACAGGCCAAGCUCGGCCACCAUUUUGAUCACUUUAGUCAGUAUGAGCAGCCCAAGAUGCAUCCAAUGGACCAACAGGGAGGCCGGAUGAUGGGAAACGGACCAGUAAAUGGCAUGUCUUCCCCUCACUCACGCUACCACGGUGCUCCACCGGGUGCAGGUGGGGCAGGAGGGCAUCACGUCUACCAGGGUGCGCAAGGAGAUGGAUGUAGCCAAUCAUUCCCAGAUAGUGGAAAUGCGUGGGGCCCUCAAGCGAUGCAGGUGCCUGAACAAGCUAGACCACCUUUCCAACAGCAACCUCCACAACCCUCUUCUCAUCAGCAUGGCCCUGCUACCCACCAAAUGGGCCCUUAUAUCGGUCAUGGUGAUUAUGCCAUGCAAGGCCACAACCAGACCCAAACACCUCCAAGAAUGAACCAUUUUCCACAAGGCCUCCCUCAGGAAGCUAAUCAUUUCAUGGGUCACGUGGGGAUGACACAGAAUCCCAGCAUGUCGGGACCCCCCAUGCGCCACCCAGCACAACCUCCUCAGCAGCAUCAGCAAUCUAAUCAACAGUUUCUCCACAGGCCUGGCCAGGGCCCAGUCCAUUCAGAGUCUGUGGCCAGCCACAACUCUCAGUUCCCACAAAGUCCUUCACGACAACAGCAGCAGCAACAAGUCAUGAGUGGGAGACCCCACCAAAACAUGGGAUUUAACAUGCACAACCAGCCAGUCCCUUCCAACACUGUAAACAGCUCAGGGCAGUACCCUCCCUAUCCUCCAUAUGGCAACCUUAAUCAGGGAUUAGCCAACACUUCAGGGAUGGGUCCCAACUUGAGCCUGACCACCAGCAGCAACAGUAACCCUAAUACGUCUGUGACCCAGGUGCAGCGCUACCCUGCUCCAACAGGGCCCCAGUGCUAUCAAGCACCAGGGGCUCAACAGGGACCAAUGCACCAGCAGCCCAUUCAUGUGAACCAAAUCAACACACAGCCUAUGCAUACAGCCCAGCAGAAGCUGCAGCAACAGCAUCUACCACCUCAGGGAUCAUACAGCUCCCCUACUUCUAUGUCACCCAUGAGGAAUAUGGCUACCCCUGCAGGCACCCCCCCACCCCAGCAGGGCCGCCCACCAAGUACUGGUUUGGGAACUGAUGUGGGUGGCUACCCUGGUGUGCCACAUCAAUCUCAAGGCCCGAUGGUUCACCCCCAGAGAGGCUCUGGAACAAUGAAUACAGCACAGCAACAUCCCCAUCAGCAGCAGCUGCCAUCACAUCCCUCACACCCACAACACCCACAUCCGCCACCCACCCAGAUGUAUGCUGCUUUGUCUCCCAAUCACAGGGCCACUGGUGUCCAAGGAAGACCUCCUGCAGGACCAGGUGCAAACCACGGAGAACCGCCAGGCCCACAGGACCAGAGGCUGCUUUCCCAACAAGCUCAGCAACAGCAGCUGCGGACACCCCCAUUGCCUUUCCAGUUGCAGCAGGUGCACACCCCUUCCACAAUUCCCCCAUCACAGACACACCUGGCUGCACACCACCAGAGCUCUCCUCCAUCUCAGCAGGUGUGGGCACCUCCUCACCAGUCACCUCCACCCAUGCAGAAAGUGCCUCACAUGCAGCAUUCCCCAUCAGAUCCUUCUCUGGAGAUGAUAUCAUCUAUUAAGACACCUGCCUCAGGCCCAAACCUGCAGCCAGCCAACUGUGACAUACAGCAGACAGAGAGUGAGCUCAAGCCAAAAAAAAAGAAAAAGAAAAAAGUCAAGGCGAGUGAAGGCCAGGAGGCUAAUGACAUCAGCAGUGAGGCUGGAGGAACAGGAGCUCUGGUGAACAAGAGAGACUCUCUUGUGACUCCCAUGGAUCAGUCUGCCGUUGAAAAGAAGAGCAAGAAAAAACCAAAGGAUAAGGAGCCCAAGGAACCGAAAGAGCCCAAGACUCCCAAAACACCUAAGGCUCCCAAGACACCCAAAGAACCCAAGGAACCUAAGGAGAAAAAAGUGAAGGCCACCACCCUGAAGCCUAAGACUUCCAAAAAGUCCAGUGCUAAGAAAUCUGACUCAGAGUCCGGUAACAGCAUCAAGAAAGAGGCAAAGCGCAAGAGAGAGCCCUCAGUCACCUCAGAUGUUGAGAAAACACCGCCACAUUCACCAGAGGAGGAAGAGGAUGAUGGUGUUCAGAAGAGACGCUCUAGCCGGCAGGUGAAAAGGAAACGCUACACUGAGGAUCUGGAGUUCAGAAUUUCUGAUGAAGAUGGAGAUGACUCCCCAGGUCCAAAAUCUCCUUCAACCACUUCUGAGCAGCAGGAGUUGCUGGAUGCGGAGGGCCCUGUGGUGGAGAAGAUCAUGGGGAUGCGCAUGGGAAAGAAAGAGCUGGAGUCGGGUGAAGAGGUGGAGGUUGAGGAGUUUUAUGUCAAAUUCAAAGGCUUUUCGUACCUGCACUGUCGCUGGGCAGACAUUGAAGAGCUGGAGAAAGAUAAGAGAAUACAGCAGAAGGUCAAGAGGUUUAAAGCCAAGCAUGCCCUCAGUAACUUCCUAAGUGAGAUGGAUGAUGAGCCCUUCAACCCAGAUUAUGUGGAGGUGGACAGGGUUCUGGAUGUGUCUGAAAGCACUGAUGAAAAUGGAGAGCCUGUAUCUUUGUACCUGGUGAAGUGGUGCUCCUUGCCCUACGAGGAUAGCACGUGGGAGCUAAAAGCUGACAUCGAUGAAGGGAAGAUUGAGGAGUUUGAGAGAGUGAUGUUGCGUGAUCCAGAGCUGAAGCGCGUGGAACGACCUCCUGCUACUGACUGGCAGAAAUCAGAGAGUUCCAGAGAAUAUAAAAACAACAAUUCGCUCAGGGAAUACCAGCUGGAGGGAGUCAACUGGAUGCUUUUCAACUGGUACAACACACGAAACUGCAUUUUAGCUGAUGAAAUGGGUCUUGGCAAAACAAUCCAGUCCAUUACAUUCCUCUAUGAGAUAUAUCUGAAGGGAAUUCAUGGUCCUUUCCUGGUGAUUGCACCUCUUUCCACCAUUCCCAACUGGGAGAGGGAGUUCAGGACAUGGACUGAACUCAACGUAGUGGUCUAUCACGGUAGCCAGGCCAGCCGAAAGACCAUUCAGGCUUACGAGAUGUACUACAGAGACUCACAGAACCGGGUAAUAAAGGGAGCCUACAAAUUCCAUGCAAUCAUCACCACAUUUGAGAUGAUCUUGACGGAUUGCCCCGAGCUGCGGACUGUGCCAUGGCGCUGUGUAAUCAUUGAUGAGGCUCAUAGGCUCAAGAAUAGGAACUGCAAGCUUCUUGAGGGGCUAAAGAUGAUGGACAUGGAACACAAAGUCCUGCUCACUGGGACCCCACUACAGAACACAGUGGAGGAGCUUUUCAGUCUCCUCAACUUCCUGGAGCCAGAUAGGUUUCCUUCAGAGGCCACCUUCAUGCUGGAGUUUGGAGAUCUGAAGACAGAGGAACAGGUGCAAAAGCUGCAAGGCAUUCUCAAACCCAUGAUGCUGCGCCGACUAAAGGAGGAUGUAGAAAAGAAUCUUGCACCGAAAGAGGAGACCAUCAUCGAGGUGGAGCUGACCAAUGUGCAGAAGAAAUACUACCGUGCUAUCUUGGAGAAAAACUUUGCCUUCCUAUCGAAGAGUGGAGGAGGUGGCGGAGGUGGUGGAGGAGCCAAUGCUCCCAACCUGCUGAACACCAUGAUGGAGCUGAGAAAGUGUUGCAAUCACCCCUACCUCAUUAAUGGUGCUGAGGAGAAGAUUAUGGAAGAGUUUAGGGAGAGCCACCCCACAGACCACCCAGAAUUCCACCUCCAGUCCAUGAUUCAGGCUGCAGGAAAACUGGUGCUGAUCGACAAGCUGCUCCCCAAACUGAAGGCUGGGGGUCACCGUGUGCUCAUCUUUUCCCAAAUGGUGCGCUGUCUGGACAUCCUGGAGGACUACCUCAUUCAGAGACGGUAUCCAUAUGAGCGUAUAGAUGGCAGAGUUAGAGGAAACCUCCGCCAGGCAGCUAUUGACCGCUUCUCACGACCAGACUCGGACCGAUUUGUGUUCCUGCUGUGCACCAGGGCUGGAGGACUGGGUAUUAACUUGACUGCAGCUGAUACCUGCAUCAUAUUUGACUCUGACUGGAACCCUCAGAAUGACUUGCAGGCACAAGCUCGAUGCCACAGGAUCGGACAGAGCAAGGCUGUGAAGAUUUACCGCCUGAUCACCAGAAACUCGUACGAAAGGGAGAUGUUUGACAAGGCCAGUCUGAAGCUGGGACUGGACAAGGCCGUGCUUCAGUCCAUGAGUGGGAGGGAGAACGCUGCCAACGGGGUUCAGCAGCUCUCUAAAAAGGAGAUUGAGGACCUCUUGCGGAAAGGAGCAUAUGGAGCUCUAAUGGAUGAGGAGGAUGAGGGAUCCAAGUUCUGUGAAGAAGACAUUGACCAGAUUUUGCAAAGACGCACACAAACCAUUACUAUUGAAUCAGAGGGUAAAGGCUCAACGUUUGCAAAGGCAAGUUUUGUGUCCUCUGGGAACAGAACAGACAUUUCUCUGGAGGACCCAGAUUUCUGGCAAAAAUGGGCAAAGAAAGCAGAGCUGGACCUGGAUGUGAUCAGUGGCAGGAAUAAUCUGGUGAUUGACACUCCACGUGUUAGGAAGCAGACGCGACACUACAGCUCUAUGAAGGAGGACGAAUUGAUGGAGUACUCGGAGCUUGAGAGUGACUCUGAGGACAAGCCCAUUCAGAAACCAAGAAGGCCCCAGGACCGAACUCAGGGGUACCCCCGCAGUGAGUGCUUCAGAGUGGAGAAGAACCUGCUGGUGUAUGGCUGGGGCCGCUGGGGUGACAUCCUGUCCCACGGACGCUUUAAACGCCCGCUGAGGGAGCGAGACGUAGAGACCAUCUGCCGCGCACUCCUGGCGUAUUGCCUGCUCCACUACCGUGGAGAUGAGAACAUCAAGAGCUUCAUCUGGGACCUCAUCACCCCUACUGAGGACGGACAAAGUCGCACACUGACCAACCACACUGGACUAUCUGCACCAGUGCCCAGAGGCCGUAAAGGGAAGAAGGGGAAGCCGCAGGCUCCUCAGCCUCACAUGCCACAGGCUGAUUGGCUUGCUGACUGUAAUCCUGACAUCCUCCUUCAAGAGGACAGUUACAAGAGACACCUGAAACACCACUGCAACAAAGUGCUGCUGCGGGUCCGGAUGCUAUACUAUCUGCGACAAGAAGUCAUUGGAGACCAGGCAGACAGAAUCCUGGAGGGAACCGAUUCAAGUAGGCUGGAUAUCUGGCUCCCACAACCUUUUCACGCUGAGAUCCCUACUGACUGGUGGGACCUUGAAGCAGACAAGUCUCUCCUCAUUGGCGUCUUUAAGCAUGGCUAUGAGAAAUAUAACUCGAUGCGAGCUGACCCCACCCUGUGUUUCCUGGAGAGGGUGGGCAUGCCUGAUGCCAAGGCCAUCGCUGCUGAGCAGAGGGGAGCGGACAUGAUGGCAGAUGGUGGCGAGGGAGAGGAUGAAGACCCAGAGUACAAGCCUCUUCGAAUGCCUUUCAAAGACGAUCUGGAUGAUUUUACAAACUCGCCUCUGGAUGAUAAAGAUGAUGGCAUUGAUGGUGAGAGUGGAGAAGCCUCAGCUCCUAAGGCUGGUGAAAAUGGGAAGGCAGGCAAUCUUUGCUGGCCACCAGCUUCAGCGCUGACUGCCCGAUUGCGGCGCCUCAUCACGGCCUAUCAGCGUACUCAUAAACGUGAGCAGUUAAGGCAAGAAGCCAUGACCAAACCUGACCGUCGUCGUCGUCGCCCACGUGAUGACAUCCUCUCCAUGGUAACAGAGGGAGGGCCUUAUGCUCCAGAUGGGGCAAUGGCUUUUCUGGCUGAAGGAGGACCUUUCAUGGCUAAGGGUUCACCUUUCAUGCCCGACAGCGCUGCCCUGCUGGCUGAUGGAGCUGCCUACUUCAAAGAACGUCGCCAGAGAUGGACAAGACGUGAAGAGGCCGAUUUCUACCGUGUGGUGUCUACAUUCGGUGUGGUUUGUGACAUCCACAAACAGUGCUUUGACUGGUCGCAGUUCCGUGCUAUUGCCCGUCUAGAUAAGAAGACUGAUGAGAGCCUGGAAAAAUACUACUACUCUUUCGUGGCCAUGUGCAAGCGGGUGUGCCGGAUGCAGCUCAAAGCAGAGACCGAGCUGCCAGACCCCACCCUUAUCAUUGACCCCAUUACAGAGGAGCGGGCCUCACGGACACUCUAUCGCAUUGAGCUACUGCGGCGGAUCAGGGAGCAGGUGUUGCCACACCCUCUUUUGGAGGAGAGGUUGAGUCUGUGCCAACCCAGCCCCGACCUCCCGGCCUGGUGGGAGCCUGGACGUCAUGACCGAGACCUCCUGCGGGGCGCCGCAAAGCACGGCGUCAGCCGCACAGACUACCACAUCCUCAACGACCCCGAGCUAAGCUUCUUGGAGGCCCAUCGAAAGUUUACACAAGGCAAGGGUGCAGAACUGCCCAUCACCUUAGAUUCCCUCACCCCUCUGGCCUUGGUCAAAGAUGAGGAGGUGAAGGAAGAGACAGAUAAUGUGGUGCCCAAGGCGGAGGACAGUAACAACACUGUGGAGGUCAAAGAGGAGAAAGUUGAAGUCAUGUCUCCCAAAGAGGAAGUGAAGAAAAAAGAGGAGGCGGCUAAAGAUCUAGGUCUUAAUCAGGAGCCCAAAGAGAAGAUGAAAAUGGAGGAGAAAGAAGAUAAAACGGAGGUAAAGACCACCAAGGAAGAGCUGGGUAGUUCUGAGGCUGGCUUGGCCGAGGAGGUGAAGCCCAUGGAUCAGAAGCCCACAGACACUCUUCCUACUCCUGAGGCUAAAAAUACUCAGGGGGAGGAGACUAAACUAUUUACUGACAAAACCUCUGAAGAUGAGGAAGAAAAUAUGGAUGAGGAUGACAAAUCAGAAAAGUCUUCACAAGCUGAAGCUGGAGCCGCAUCUGAGAGGAAGAAUUUCGAUGAGGAGAGUAACGCCUCUUUGAGCACUGCUCGUGAUGAGACCAGAGACUGCUUUGGUGUCGAUGAUGUGGAGCCGUCAGCACCUCAGAUGUUCAGUGAACACUCUCUCUUCUCUUUCUGGCCUAAGGACAGAGUAAUGAUCAAUCGUAUGGACAACAUCUGUGAAGCGGUCACGAAGGGCAAGUGGCCUUCCAACAGGAGGCAGUUCUUUGACUUCCCAGGCCUGUUGCCUGGCUACGGAUCCAUGACAGCGGACAGCCCCCUGCAGAGGCGGAGUCUUGGUGAUCUCUCAAUGGUGGGUCAGACAAGCUAUAGUGGCAGUGAGGACCUCACCAUGUCAUCACAUGUCAACAAGGAUGACUUGUUGAGUCUUUCAGUACCUCGGCAGCGCAGACGCAGGAGGAGGAAGGUUGAGAUUGAGGCGGAGCGUGCUGCCAAGCGCAGGAACCUGAUGGAGAUGGUAGCCCAGUUACGAGAAUCCCAUGCUGCUGAAGGCCAGGCUCAGGCCAUGGACCUGACCAAGGCCCUGCACGGUAUGUCCUCCUCCUCAUCCUCCACCUUCCCUGGAACCAUGGCCUCUUCCACAGCCCUGAAGGCACAAAUGGAGCUGCUGCAAGCAGGCGCUUCCUCCAGACCAAGGGCCAAUGGCUCUCUACUUGAUGCUGAACUUCCCAACCGGAGAAAGAGAGGCCGCAGGAAAAAUGUGGAGGGCUUAGAGCUGCUCUUCAUGGGGAACAAGAGAGCACAUCUCAAUGCUGAAGAUUCAGAUGGGACCAAAGCUUUUCUGGAUGGGGCACAUAUGCCAGGACAAACACACAGACACAUUUCAUCUCCGACACAGAAGGCCCCUGGUGAUGGCCUAGAAGAGGGAACCCAUCUUAAAGGAGAAGAUGGAUCCAGCACAAAGGACCUUCGGGAAUGGCUCAGACAGCACCCCACCUACACUAUGGAUAUGCCUGGAUACGUACCAAAGAAUGAGGACCUCCUACUUUCCCAGUUUGGAAAGCCCAAACAGAAAAGACACCGCUGUCGCAAUCCCAACAAAAUCGACAUAAACACUCUGACCGGGGAGGAGAGGGUCCCUGUUGUAAACAUUAGGAAUGGAAGAAAGAUGGGAGGAGCCAUGGCCCCUCCAAUGAAGGAUUUACCACGCUGGCUGGUUGAAAAUCCCGAAUUUGCCAUCGCCCCAGAUUGGACAGAUAUUGUGAAACAAUCGGGCUUUCUCCCUGAGUCCAUGUUUGACCGUCUCUUGACUGGGCCAGUGGUCAGAGAUGAGGGCGUGCGCCGCAGAGGCCGACGACCGAAAUCUGAGAUCGCCAAGGCAACAGCAGCAGCACAGGCAGCUGCCGCUGCAGCCGUGGCCUCCACCUCUGGCGUUAAUCCUUUAUUGAUGAACGGGUUGUUUGGAGGUAUGGACCUGACCAGUCUGCAGGGCCUGCAGAAUCUUCAGAGCCUCCAGCUGGCCGCAGGCCUCAUGGGCUUUCCCCCUGCUCUAGGAGGAGGAGCCGAUGCAAAGCAUGCUGCAGCCAUGCUGCCUCUCAUGCUUCCAGGCAUGGGUGGCCUACCCAACAUGUUUAGCCUGGGUGGGCUGUUUGGAGGAAACCUAGCCGCAGAUGCCACAGCCACCAAUGGUGCCUCGGGGACAGAACAGGCUGAGUCUGAGGAGAAAACUAAGCCCAAGAAAGAUGAGGAGACCAACGAGGAGGGAGAGGAGAAAGAGAAGGACAAAGAAUCAGAGAAACCAGCUGAAACUGAGGCUACAGGAGAUACUGCUGCGCUCGCUGCUGCUGUGGCUGCUGCCACCGCUGGCAUGUCUACCAACGCACUGGCCUUCAACCCUUUCCUGCUGUCCACCAUGGCCCCAGGUCUCUUUUACCCAUCCAUGUUCUUACCUCCCAGCCUCGGUGGCUUGGGCCUCCCAGGCUUCCCUCAAGCUUCUCUGGCUGACCUCCAGAACGCCGUGUCAGGGGCCUUAGGUGCCACCGGCGAGGACAAGGAGUCCAGUAAAGGGCCCAAUGCAGAUCAGGACCAGAAUGCCUUCACAGCUGAUGUUGAAACUGGUGACAAAACACUUGAAGACAGUGACUCAGAGGAGAGCCAGAACAAGACAGCUGAUUCAUCAGUACUAGAUGAUGACCUGGCAGGGCCAGCUGAUGAAAUGGACUCCAUUGAGGGUGGAAUGAAUGAGGAUGAUGAUGAUGAUGAUGAUGAUGAUGAUGAUAUGGAUGAUCCUGCUGAUGAGGAGGACAAAAGUGACUAAAAACUUAAAAGGCCUUCUAACAUUUACCCAGGGCUGGGGAAACACAGUCUGAAACUCUGACAGAAUGGUUAGUCCAGUUGUUUACAUGCCAACUCAAUAUCCAAAACACAUUUUGAAUUUGGUUGUUUGGUUUUCGUUGACAGGUAACCUAAGAGAAAAGCAAUUAAGCUGUCUCUGUAACCAUUAGCAUAGCCAGGGAUGAAGCAAAGUAGUGUUGUGCGGAUGUCAAAAGUUUUCUUUUUUUUUUUUUUUUUUUUUUUCUUCUCUCUUUAAGUCUUUGGCACUGUGUGGUGCCUUCUAGAUGAGAUGGAAAUGUCCUGAAAUAUAAAAGGAAUUAAUCGUUCCAAUAGUGCUAUGCUGCUCUCUCUUAUUUUAAUAUUAUUGUUUUGUUUUUUUUGUAUUUUUUUUUUUCUCUCUACUGUUGAUAAUGUAAUGAUGAGUAGCAUCUCGUAAUAUUCAGUGAUGUACAAUUUAACGGCAUUAAGACACUCUCCACUGCUGAGAAAGGAUCAUGGUUUUCGUUGUACUGUUCUGCUGAGAGGAGCAGGUGAAGUUCUCACAUAUCAUAGCCUACACUCAGACUGUUCCCAGUCUCUCACACUGACAAUCCAAACGGGUGAGGAGACCUCUCGACCUGUGGAGAGCAAUAACGAAGGCAGCUUUUGAAUGUUCAAUUUUACUCUCUUGACUAAACAUCGGAAAGUGUGGAAAAAAUUACAUGAAAUAAAUUACUGCAGUCAAAAUUGUCUAGUAUCCAUGUUAAUGCACUGGUGUAAGAAUAAAAUCAGGUACCUUAUCUAUUUGAAUAGACUUUUGUUACUUUAGCCACAAAGCUGAACAGCAUUACCUCAAUUCUAACUAGCCUUGAAGUUUACAGACAUAAAUGUUGUAAAUGUUUUUUUUUUUGUUUUUUUGUGCGUCCUUUUUUUUUUGAUCCAUCAUGUAUGAUGAACUGUAAAUUGCUGCCAACUGUAGUAAUGAUGCUUUUAAUAAAAGUGACUCACGAUAUUCGCCUAGGAAACCAAAA